AUGAAAGCCUUCUCGUCGUACGAUGAGAAACCGCCAGCGCCACCAAUUCGUUUCAGCAGCUCGGCCACGCGGGAAAAUCAGGUAAUUAACUCAUUGUGAUGCAUGAGGCUCCUCCCCCCUUUCCUCCCAAAUCAGAUGAUGCCGUCUUCUCCUUCUCCUUCUCCCUUUCUCUCUUUUCAUCCAACUAACUCAAUUUUUCAGGUCGUCGGAUUGAAGCCACUGCCGAAAGAGCCAGAAGCCACCAAAAAGAAGAAAACGAUGCCAAACCCGUUCAUGAAAAGUAAUUCAUUCCUCCUGUAACCACUCUCAUAUACCCAUUCCUUCUUCAGAGAACAAAGAAAAGAAAGAGGUUGCCGAGAAGCCUGUUAUUUCGCGUCCCAGUAACUUUGAGCACACAAUCCACGUGGGAUAUGACCCUCAAACGAAAGAGUUCACGGUAAGCAACAGUUCACCGCAACAGUCUCGCCUCCUCCUCCAUAUAACGAAACGUAUUUUUGUGAUGACGGAAGGCGUAUGAGUUGUGCCCGUCUCUCCGACGCCAAAACCGCUAAUCAUACCGGAUUAACGUUAGUGGAUGCUAAUAGUGAGCUUAAAAACUAAAAAAAACUACCACUUAUACUUUUACUUUUUGGCGCACCGUCAAAACAAGCGAGACAUCUUGUUUGACAGGCCAACUCCUAAAGUUAUUGAUAGAAUAUUUCGAGUUAGUUUUUGAGUGCGGGCCGCUCGAUUUUUUGUUGAGUUUUGUUGAAAAUGCAAAUUUUUUUUGAGAGAGAAAGACUAUAGUCAAUGUACGAUUCGCCAAUUUUGGAAAAAAAGCAAAGCUCUUUGUAGUUGACUGCAGGUAAUUAAAAUUUUGAGAGCGAUGUUCGCCACUGGUGGACUCAAAAACGAGCAUUCUUGCCGACCCCAAGAAGAUUGCACUCACAAGAGCACUUUUUGGAACCGUACUAAAAUUUUAUAGCAAAAAGCUUAGAAACCGAAACAGAUGUUUUAUUGGAAGCAACAAGUUCUCGAAUGCAUGUUUUCAUGUGCAAUGCUCGCAGUAUUUAUUAUCUGAGAAAAAUGUUCUACGAAAAGUUCGAAAACGUAUGUAACUGGCUCACUGAAAAGGUAGACUCUCGUCCCACAUCCCCUAGCCCUCACAAAUACUGCCAACUCACAUCAAAUUAUCUUUUUACAGGGAAUGCCGGAAGCCUGGGCUCGUCUGCUGACAGACUCCCAAAUCUCGAAACUGGAGCAGCAGCAAAAUCCGCAAGCCGUCCUCGAUGCGCUCAAGUAUUACACACAAGCCGAGGGCGGUCAAAAAUGGCUGCAGUACGAUAUGAGUAAGUGGAAAUUGAUUUAUUGUCUCGCGUGAGCCUCACCCUUCUACAGUGUUUAUAGAUGAUGCUCCGUCUCGCACUGUGUCUUACGGACUGAAGCCGCAAUCGUACAGCACCUCGUCGCUUCCAUAUCACGGCUCAAAACUGCAAGAUCAGAGGAAGAUGAGCCCGAUGACGACGAGCAACCAUAGUAGUCCUUAUAAAACGGGACCGUCAUCUCCGUCGACUUUCAGUGUGAACGAUAAUCGUUCCAGCAUGCCGCCGGUAGCUAAUCCCAACCAAAUUCUUCUUGACUCGUUCAAUUUCAGAGCUACGCUCCCCCACCAGUGCCACAUGGAGAAAUGCCGGCCGACAUUGUUCCGCCACCAAUUCCAGACAGACCAGCCAGAACUCUGAGCAUUGUAUGUCGCUGUAUUCAGCCAUUCUCAAAUAAUCAUCAUGUUUUCAGUACACCAAACCGAAAGAAGAAGAAGAGAAGAUACCAGACCUGUCGAAGGGUCAGUUCGGAGUGCAAACUCGUGGACAAAGAUCGAAGAAGAAGAUGACGGACGGCGAAGUGCUCGCCAAACUUCGCACUAUUGUGUCUAUCGGAAACCCGGACCGAAAGUACAAAAAGAUCGACAAAAUCGGGUCCGGAGCGUCGGGAUCUGUGUACACGGCCAUCGAGAUCAGCACAGAGGCAGAGGUUGCCAUCAAGCAGAUGACUCUGAAGGACCAGCCAAAGAAGGAAUUGAUCAUCAACGAGAUUCUGGUGAUGCGCGAGAACAAGCACGCCAACAUUGUCAACUACCUGGACUCGUACUUGGUUUGCGAGGAGCUGUGGGUAGUCAUGGAGUACCUGGCGGGAGGAUCGCUCACCGACGUGGUCACCGAGUGUCAGAUGGAGGACGGAAUCAUUGCGGCCGUCUGCAGAGAGGUCCUUCAAGCCCUCGAGUUUCUGCACAGUCGUCAUGUGAUUCACAGAGAUAUCAAGUCGGACAACAUUCUCCUUGGAAUGGAUGGUUCCGUGAAAUUGAGUAUGUUCCUUCUAUCAAGAACCAGUUUUCAAUCUUAAUUACUUAAUUUUCCAGCCGACUUCGGAUUCUGUGCGCAACUGUCGCCGGAGCAAAGAAAGCGCACAACGAUGGUGGGCACUCCGUAUUGGGUAAGCCGCUGAGAAGGAAAUGACAUGGAAAUGAAAUGUUUGACUAUUUAAGAUGGCUCCGGAAGUGGUGACCCGCAAACAAUACGGGCCGAAGGUCGAUGUGUGGUCUCUCGGAAUCAUGGCCAUCGAGAUGGUCGAGGGAGAGCCUCCGUACUUGAAUGAGCAGCCGCUGAGGGUAUGAAACCGGAAUUGUUUCAAAGGAUUCAUAGUUAUCUUCCAGGCCAUCUACCUCAUUGCCACUAACGGCAAACCCGACUUCCCAGGAAGAGAAACGAUGACGCCCAUGUUCAAGGUGACUACUUUUUUCACAAUUUUUAAAGCUGACAAAACCGGAAACGCAACUGUACAAUGAUUCACACAUGUACAAAGUGUGACUCACAACUUUUGCCGUGACUUCCUGUAAUACAUAUAUCUAUCUUCCCUCUUUUUCAGACCUUUGUCGAUUCGGCACUCGAGGUGCAAGUGGAGAACCGUUGGUCGGCCAGUCAGCUUCUGACGCAUCCGUUCCUACGAUGCGCCAAACCGCUCGCUUCCCUUUACUACUUGAUUGUGGCCGCCAAGAAGAGCAUUGCCGAGUCGAGCAACUGA